UUUCACACUGCUCCCCCACCCCUUGUUUGAUAGAAUAAUUCUACACAUGGAAUAAGUGUUAUUAUGUUCCAAAUAAUAAUAGUUUCUGUGGAAUGAUGGCCCACCCUUUCUCCUUGCUCCUCUGACCCCUCUCUGAGGACCGAGGGCCACAGCAUCUGGGAGACUGAGGUCUGAAGGCACUGGAGUAGAAAAGGGGGAGUGGGCGGGGCUUGGAAAAAGAGCCACAGUGGGAGGUGCCUGGGACACCUGAUCCAGUGCUGAGUGAGAUCUGCAGAAGCCAAGAGAAAUGAGCGUUCUUGAGGAGCAGGCUGGGUGAGGGGAGAGGAAGGGCUCAAGACAAACCUGUGGGGUAGGCCUUUCCAGUCUCCUUCACCUUAGGAACCCGACGCCCAAAGUUCCUCAAGGACAAUGUUGAAGAGUGGCAGUGAUGGAGAUGGGCCGGUGAUGAAGAUCAAGCAAGAGAAGCCAGACUGGCUGCUGCAGACACUGGUGCCUCAGGCUGUGCUUUCCGAGAAGGAUAAGGAAAACAUUUUCCAGCAGCAUCUGGCCCUGGCACCAUGCCAGACCAUGGGGAAGCCCCGAGCCUUGGGGGGACAGGAGGAGACCGGGGGCCCAAGGUGGGCUCCUCCCACUGAGCCGGCCAGGGGUCUGGCAGGCCGGGCUCUUUCUGCUGGCGAGGGUCACUUUGUAUGCCUGGACUGCGGGAAGAGGUUCAGCUGGUGGUCGUCCCUGAAGAUCCACCAGCGCACCCACACCGGGGAGAAGCCGUACCUGUGCGGCAAGUGCGGGAAGAGCUUUAGCCAGAAGCCCAACCUGGCGCGCCACCAGCGUCACCACACGGGCGAGCGGCCCUUCUGCUGCCCAGAGUGCGCGAGGCGCUUUAGCCAGAAGCAGCACCUGCUCAAGCAUCAGAAGACCCACUCGCGGCCCGCCACCCACUCGUGCCCUGAGUGCGCGCGCUGCUUCCGCCACCAGGUGGGCCUCCGCAUCCACCAGCGUGCGCACGCCCGGGACCGCCAGGGCGCCCGCGCUGGGCUGCAGGAGUUGCUGCGGGACGCCGCCACCCGCCGGAGCUGUCGCCUGCGGCCUGGGCCGCCGCGGGGUCGCCCCGAGUGGGCUUGGUUGGGGCUCUGCCAGGGCUGGUGGCGCCAGGCGGGGCCCCGGGCCGCAACCGCUGCCGCCGCGGCCGCCACCACCCCCGCGGGUCCUGGCGAGCAGCGCCAGUUCAUCUGCAACGAGUGCGGCAAGAGCUUCACGUGGUGGUCGUCCCUGAACAUCCACCAGCGCAUCCACACGGGCGAGCGCCCCUACCCGUGCCCCGAGUGCGGCCGCCGCUUCAGCCAGAAGCCGAACCUGACGCGACACCUGCGCAAUCACACGGGCGAGCGGCCGCACCCCUGCCUGCACUGCGGCCGCAGCUUCCGCCAGAAGCAGCACCUGCUCAAGCACCAGCGCACGCACUUGCCGGGCGCCCAGGCGGCGCGCUGCCCCAGCUGCGGCCAGAGCUGCCCGAGCCGCGCAGCGCUGCGGGCCCACCAGCGCGCGCACGCCGCCCCCGCCGCCCCCGCCGCCGAGCCCCAGCGCCCCGGGCAGGCCGCGCGAGAUGCGGCGCCACGCUCCGAGCCACAGGCCGAGGCACCCCCGGGCCUGUCGGCGCAGCCUCAGGACCCCCAGCCGGCCCGGGGCCUGGGGGGUGUGCCGUGGGGGCGGGCGCGGGCGGGCCUGGGGGGGCCCGGCGAGCCCCGCCAGUUCAUCUGCAACGAGUGCGGCAAGAGCUUCUCUUGGUGGUCGGCGCUCACCAUCCACCAGCGCAUCCACACGGGCGAGCGGCCCUAUCCGUGCCCCGAGUGCGGCCGCCGCUUCAGCCAGAAGCCCAACCUGACGCGGCAUCGGCGCAACCACACGGGCGAGCGGCCCUACCUGUGCACCGUGUGCGGCCGCGGCUUUAGCCAGAAGCAGCACCUGCUCAAGCACCAGCGUGUGCACCGGGGGGCCCUGGCGCCCACCCCCAGCGCCAAGGACCAGGCGCUUUAGCGUGCCCGACCCCGGGCAGACUCGUGGGGGGGGGGGGGGGGCGGGAGGGGAUGGGGGGGGUGUGUGUGGCCUGAAUGGGGGUUUCUGCAACCCCUGGGGGUCAAACCCUGGGAACAGGUGAUAUCCCCAAGGCCCCCAAGGCUAGAGAACAGAAUUCUAGAAGCCUCCCAAAGGGGACAGGUAAAGGCCCCAGGGUGGGCCAAGGGAGGAGGUAAGAUGAAAGAGCCCUCACUCUGGAGCUUGCCUGUGCCCAAGGGGCCUUGGGACCCGGGAGCGCAGUCUUCAGGCCCCGAGUGAGGGGGCUGCCAGGCUCCGGGAGGGGCUUCCCUGUGUGAAGUGGCCCAGGGGCUGGACUGAGCAUCUGUGGCAGCAGCCUGUCAGGGGGCAGGCUGCGGGAUGGCCAGAUAACAUACUCAGCCAUAGAAGGACAGAAGCCAGCCAGUGGCUGAGGAGGGGCAGGCCUAGUCCCAGAGCCCACACUUAUUGGCCCUUCAGUGUGUAUCUUUGGAGGGAGUGAACAGUUCCCUGGUCCUUCCCGACGUGACUGCCCCCAAAGCCAGGGGUGCAGUCAUGGUGGAUGGGGCCUUAGGAUUGGUGUGUGUGUGUGGUGGUCUGACUGGGGUACAAGAGGGGUGGUGGCAGCUGAGGUGUGGUAGCUUGGGGAGGGGCCUGCAGCAGGACACAACCACGUGUGCUGCUCCUACUUAGCGGUCCUGGGCAUCCCCAUGGCCGGCACCAACUUGGGCCUUUAUCAAUGCCAGUGUCACAGAAGAGAAAAAUGAAGGAUUGACUGUC